AUGGAUUUCUCUAACAUCUUCCGUCUCGUUAACAUCGCCGUCGGCGUGGUGAUGGUGCUGGGCGGUAUUAGCCAGUUCUUCCCAGCCUCCAUGAGCUCCGUCAUCGUCGGCGGGUACGUCAUUGUAUUCGGUCUGGUUGUUGCUGGACUUGAAUUCAUGCCCAACGUUCCUGACUACGCCUACCGUUACGCCUCUUUCCUGUUCUCUUUCCUCGGCCGUGGUAUCUUCUACAUCUUCGUUGGCUCCAUUCUGCUGCACGACCUCAUCCUGCGCGAGAUCGCCGCCUCCAUUGUCGGUCUCACCGGUGUCGCCUACCUUGUCCUUGAGUUCAUCCCAUCCAUCGAGCCCCCCUCAAACAUGCGCGAGUCGGACCAGGGUUGGGGCGCUGAGCAGGUCUAA